GGAAGCCUGAAAUUAAGUAGAAAAACAGUGUACCAAAUUAUUAAUACAAAAUGAAUUGUGCAUUAUCAGUAUCCAGUUCUCUUGGGGGAAUAAAAUCAGUUUACACGCCGACAACAAAUCCAUCGUCGGAAUCAAUGGCAACGAGCGGUGGUCCGAAAUGGGCACAGAAAACGAUAACUCUGCCUCCUCUCAAACGUGGGUGUCAUCUUGUCACCGCUAAGAUAAACAAGGAGAUUGUACAAGACCUGUCGGGUUUUAAGUGUGGCCUUGCACAUCUUUUCUUGCAACACACCAGUGCUUCUCUAACAAUAAAUGAGAAUUAUGACUCGGAUGUUCGAGAAGACACUGAGACUUUUCUUAACAGUGUUGUCCCAGAGGGGAGAUCUGCUCCAUGGAAACAUACCCUCGAAGGUCCAGAUGACAUGCCAGCACACAUCAAGUCAUCUAUGUUUGGCAACAACCUAACGAUUCCAAUUACUGAUGGAAAGUUUAACAUGGGAACUUGGCAGGGUAUAUGGCUGUGCGAGCACCGUGACUAUCCCACUGCACGCAAAAUUGUGGUCACUCUUAAUGGAAUUUAAGAUGCUGAAUAGAAGGAAUAUAAUAUGAAAUCGUACUUCUCUUUUAUGAAGUAGAGUAUAUAUAUGUGUGUGUUAUUAGACAUUCAGAUCCGUUACUGUUGUGGUGGCAUAUGUCGAAUGCAAAUCUGAUAUUUUAGCAUGAUUGCCAAAUAUAAGGAUGUCAGUAUAUGCAGAGGAGCAGGAUAAGCUCCCAUAUGAGAAGAUGUCAGGAUGUGUAGAGGAGCUGGAUAAACCCCCCACUGUAAUGCUGGCUGCCAGAUUUCAUGUCAUUGGGCCCUUGCUUUAUUAGAA